AUGCUAAAGGGUCGUGGUAACGAGCCUCUGAAGCUUGAACAACUUCAAACACUUAAGGAGCAUAAAUAUUCGUCGAGAGGUUCUUCGAUUUCAGAGUGCUACUUUCAAGUGUUUUGGUGCAGUCUAGUCCCCUAUAUACCUAAAUGUAUCGCUCCGAACACCUUGACGCUCACAGGGCUGAUUAUUAAUUCAGUUAGUGUUCUAAUUUUGCUGUACUAUAGCCCUGAUCUGAAGUCUGAAGUGCCACCUUGGUCUCUUGUGCUCGCUGCAUUAUGUGUUUUCAUCUACCAAACCCUGGAUGCACUGGAUGGCAAACAUGCCCGCCAAACUAAUACGGUCACUCCUCUUGGAGAGCUAUUCGAUCAUGGCUGUGAUGCGGUUGCUUCGGUUUUUGUUCCUCUCUGCUUGUGUGUGACUGUGGGAAUUGGAACACACCCUAUUGUAGUAUUUAUCCAAUUCUUCACAUUUAUUGCGCUUUUCUAUAUGGCUCACUGGCAGUGUUACAUAACUGGAUAUUUGGAAUUUGGAAGGCUCGAUGUUACCGAAGGACAAAUUGGUGUUAUGCUAGCUCUUCUCUGGACAGCGGUAUUUGGUGUAGGAUUUUGGAGUAAUCGUGUUCCGAUCAUUGGAAUGCCGCUUAAAUAUGUGCCCUUUCUAGUGAUUUCAACGGUAGCGAUUAUAAACAUUUCUCACUUUUUUUCAAUAAUCUCGCAAGGUGGAGCUGGAAAGGCAGGGACAACUGUUGCUGUGAGUUUCUUACAUCCGCUGAAUACCAGUGUUCUCUUUCCGGCAUUUCCGUUCGGCUUGGUUUUGUUUUUGGCAAUAAUGGUUGCGGUGCGCUCACCAUUGCAUCUUUACACGAACCAUCUUGUCCUCUUUCUUAUCACCUUCGGAUUUGUUGCCGUCAAGGUCAUCUUGAAGCUUGUGUUGAGCAGACCUCAGCGCCCAGUGCGUUUUGUCACUCCGCGCCUGUGCUCGCGUGCUCACCCCAAAUCUCGUGAGGUUGAUCAUAUGUCAAAGAGUGAAAUGACCUUGGCGGACUCAGUCCUGAUCGGUCCGUUUGCUCUAUUCUUCAAUCAGUACUUCAAUUGUCCUAUUCCAGAGUCUUUUGUGCUCUGGUGCUGCUGCAUUCUUGCUGUUGCUGAUGUGCUGCUCUACUCCUCGAAUGUUUGCAUACAGAUAGCGGAUUACCUUAACAUCUACAUAUUUCGGGUGGGCAAGCCACCCAUAGUUCUAGUGCGGCAGCCGUCGCAGUUGCAGCAGCAGCAGCUGGAUGCGAAUGUCGGUUUUCCAGUACCCGCUUUCUCAGCCCGACCCUCUCACUACCAGCGCUCUAAGUGGGGGCCACACUAG